AAAAACAGGACUCAACAAAUGGGAAUAUUAAAUAAAGACUAAAACAUUUUACAUCCACAUAAAAGCCAAGUGAUAAAAAGCGAGAUGCGAAACUGAGCCGCGACACCAGCAGCUGUUGCUCGUUCACGUACACAAUCACGCGCGCCUCACGGAAGCGCGCAGACUGUGAGUUUUUUUCUGCUUGGCUCACCGCAAAUUAUCUACACUUAAUAUUUAAGAUAACAAAACGUUAAACACGCGAGUCUGACAUGUUUUUCAGACAUUAAAGCCGUACUGAUCUCAAACGGUUGAAGAAAAUGAUUCCCGCGCUUGUUUUUUUCUAUUUAUGUUUUUUCUGUCUGGUUGAGACAGAUGAGACAGAAGUGCCAGUGAUGGCGGGAGAUUCCUUCACUCUCCGCAUCGGUCUGACUGAGAUUCAGAGCCAUGAUGAGAUCGAGUGGCGGUUUGGGUCGAGCAGAACCUUGAUAGCCACAAUAGUGAAGGGGAAUAUUAAAUAUGGUGUUGAUAAGAGAUUCACAGAAAGUCUGCAGAUCGAAAGACACACUGGAGAUCUCACUAUCGCAAACGUCAGUGAUGAACACAAUGGAGUUUAUGAACUAAGCAUCAAUGAUCGUUUCAUCGACAAAUUCAGUGUCACUGUUUAUGCUCCUCUACCUGCUCCUGUCAUCACCAAAUACUCUCCUCAGUGUUCAUCAUCAUCUUCAUCAGUGUCCAAAAGUGUGCUGCUGUGUUCAGUGUUGGAUGUGAGUCACGUGACUCUCUCCUGGUACAAAGGAAGCAGUUUAUUGUCCAACAUCAGCGUGUCUAAUUUCAGCAUCAGCAUCUCUCUACCUCUGGAGGUGGAACAUCAGGAUAAAAACACCUACAGAUGUGUGAUCAACAAUCCCAUCAGCAACCAGACCAAACAUCUGGACAUCAGUGGACUCUGUCAGACACCUUCAGACAGUGACCACGACUGGACCGAAGCCGUAAUCCGAUUGGUCGUCGCUGCUGUGGUGGGCGUGGCUGCAGUUGCUGCUGUUGUUGUACUGGUUUAUGACAUCAGGUCCAGAAGAAUUGAACUGGAGUGGAAAAUUAAGUUCAUCAAACAAUAAUAGCAUUAUAAAACAGGAAUAAACAGUCUCUCUUUCAUUUGUUUUAAAACAAUUUGUUUUUACAUUUUAUCACAGAGAAUAUCAGUGUUCAUAAUGAUGAUUGUGCAUUAAUUUUAUAUUCUGAUACUAAUGCAUUACAAGUGACACCAUUUAAUAAAAGUUGUGAAAUAAUCCUU